ACACUAUCGUCUAAUCCCUCCCAUUAUAUAUAAAGCCUUGUGUUGAAUAGCAUCAGAGUGUAAAAAAGCAAAACGAUACAAAACACAUACAAACUUAAAAAAAAAAAAAUAACUUCUCUAGUCUUGUCCAAAUGGAAUGGACUAGAGGAAGAAUCCUAGGCCGUGGCUCAACAGCCACCGUCUACGCCGCAACACGUCGCGACUCAAACGAAAUCCUCGCCGUCAAAUCCUCCGAGCUUCACCGGUCAGAGUUCUUGCAAAGAGAAGCCAAGAUCCUCUCGUCGUUGAGCUCUCCCUACGUGAUCGGAUACAGAGGAUCAGAAACCAGGAGAGAGCCAAACGGCGUCGUCACGUACAACCUUCUGAUGGAGCGCGCGCCGUACGGUACGCUGGCCGACGCGGCGGCGAAAAACGGAGGAAGGCUCGAGGAAGCUGCGAUCGCGAAGUACACGCGGGAGAUGCUGCGAGGGCUUGAGUAUGUUCACUCGCGGGGAGUCGCGCAUUGCGAUGUUAAGGGGAGCAACGUGGUCGUCGGGGAGAAGGGCGAGGCCAAGCUUGUUGAUUUCGGGUGUUCGAAACGGGUGGAGGUUGAGUCGGGGGCGGUGGUGGGAACGCCGGCGUUUAUGGCUCCGGAGGUGGCGCGUGGGGAGAGACAGGGGAGGGAGAGUGAUAUAUGGGCGGUUGGAUGUACGGUGAUUGAGAUGGCCACUGGGUCUCCGCCGUGGACGGAGGGGAGUCCGGUUUCGGUUCUUUAUCGGGUCGGGUAUUCGGGUGAGGCUCCGGAGCUUCCGGAGUUGCUCACGGAGGAAGCGAAGGACUUCUUGGAGAAGUGUUUGAAGAGAGAACCGAAAGAGAGAUGGACGGCGACGCAACUCCUAAACCAUCCGUUUUUGAUAACUAAACCGAAGGCUGAACCGGUUUCCGGUUUGGUUUCGUGCUCACCGACAAGUGUGACAGAUCAAACGUUCUGGAGAUCAGUGGAGGAAGAAGCAGAAGAAGAAGGAGAAACAGAGGAAUUACAGGAGGAUACGAGAUAUCUUGACCGUUUAAACUUGUGGGCUUGUCAUUCGGAGAGAAUCGGACGGUUGAGAUGUGUUGGUGGGUUGGAUGGGUCCAGAUUGGAUAUGGAAGGUGGGGGCUGGAUCACGGUGAGGGUGAGUUGUGAAGGAACAAUGAUUGGUGGGUCACAUGAGGAAUAUUUACUGGGGGGGAUUGUAAAUUGAUUUGGGGUCGUCAUUUGUGUGAACUGUAGAAAGUUUAGGGGGUUGAUAUUAGUGAAGAUCUCCAAUUUAGAUCAAUGUAGCAGCUUGUUAGUCUUCGAAUCUUGAAUUGAUCACAUUGUAUAUAAUUGAAAUCACAAUUUUUUAGAAGCCAAAUCCAAUUCAUCUAA